GUUGGACCUGUUUGUGUGUGUUCUUGCUUCUGUUUUUUUGUUGGUUUGUUUGUUGUUCUAUACGCACAAGCUCAGCCACACGUCACCAAGCCAAGUGUACAGUUCAUUUUUUUGCGGGCAAAAUGCGUCAACUGAAGGGUAAAGUCAAAGAGACUCGCAAGCAGAAAAAAGAACGUAAAUUGGAUAAUUUGUCAAUACAGAGUAAAAUCAACACAGUUGUGAUUCCAGCAUUGGGAAUUUUAUUUCUCUGUUUGGUUUUGUUUGUCUACCUGAAAACUCGGCCGGCAAUUAUAGCUUAAAAGGCUCGUUCGUUGCCAGUGUUGGACAAUGCGGCAGUUAACAGCUGACCACGGACCUAACAAUAGUGCGGCAAAUUUGAAUAUGAUUUUUUUUUCUUGAUUAAAUGCAAAUUAAGUAAUGCGACGACACAGCGACAAAACAACAACAACAA